GAGAGUUUUGGUUUACUUCUGUGAAACUUUGCUCUGACGUUAAACGCAACACAGAGCUGCGCGAGAGGACUACGGCGCUGACUCUACAGCGCGCGCGGUUAUCAAAACUUCAAGAUAGGACAAAAUGAAGCGACUCCGAGUCGUGCUUCUGACCGCGUUGCUAUGGCAAUGCUGCCAUGCCCAGCAGAGAGGACUUUUCCCGGCUGUGUUGAACCUGGCGUCCAUGGCCGAUAUAUCCGCUAAUGCUACCUGUGGUUCACUGGGUCCAGAAAUGUUCUGUAAGCUGGUGGAACAUGUACCUGGCCAGCCUAUUAGAAACGCUCAGUGUCGAAUCUGCAACCAAAAGAGUACAAAAGCAGUUUUUCAGAUUGCCUAUAUAAUCAUAAAGGCAGCCAACUCACCUCGCCCAGGUAAUUGGAUCCUAGAGCGUUCAAUAGAUGGGGUGACCUUUGAUCCCUGGCAGUACUACGCCAUCACAGACACAGAGUGCCUGACGAGGUUCAACAUUUAUCCACGGACAGGACCUCCAUCCUACACCAGGGAUGAUGAAGUUAUCUGCACGUCUUUUUAUUCAAAGAUUCACCCUCUGGAGAACGGAGAGAUCCACACAUCUUUGAUCAAUGGUCGGCCCAGUGCAGAUGAUCCCUCCCCGACCCUGCUGAACUUCACCUCCGCCCGCUACAUCAGGCUGGUGUUUCAGCGAAUCAGAACGCUGAACGCCGACCUCAUGACUCUGACUCUCCGGGACCCGAGAGAUGUUGAUCCCAUUGUGACGAGACGGUACUAUUAUUCCAUUAAGGACAUCUCCGUUGGAGGGAUGUGUAUCUGUUAUGGCCACGCCAAAGCUUGUCCACUCAACACUGUUACAAAGAAGUUUAGCUGUGAAUGUGAACACAACACAUGCGGGGAGAGCUGUGAUCGUUGUUGCCCUGGUUACCACCAGCAGCCCUGGAUGGCAGGAACCUUCCUCACUCGACAUGUCUGCGAGAAGUGUAACUGCCACGGCAAGGCGGAGGAGUGCUACUUCAAUCAGACAGUAGCAGACCUGUCACUCAGCCUAAACAUCCAAGGUCAAAACAGAGGGGGUGGAGUCUGUAUUGGUUGCCGUGACAACACAGCUGGAAUCAACUGUGAAACAUGCGUUGCUGGAUUCUACAGACCCAGCGGGGUGAGCGCUGAGGAGGAGAAUCCCUGCAUCCCCUGCUCAUGUGACUCACAUGGUUCCAUCAGCCAAUCAUGUGUCCCAGAUUCAAGCCAGUCCACGCCCAUUCAGCCAGCCGGGUCAUGCUGGUGUAAGGAGGGUUUUGGGGGUCUGCAAUGUGACAGGUGCGCUGUCGGUUAUAUGGGCUACCCGUCCUGCCAGCGCUGUAACUGCAGUGUGGAAGGAAGCACCAACGAUGACCCAUGUGUAACACCCUGCGUGUGCAAGGAAAAUGUGGAGGGGGAAAACUGCGACCGCUGUAGACUGGGAUUCUACAAUCUCCAAGGUGACAAUUGGCGUGGCUGCGAAAAGUGCUCCUGUAUGGGUGUUUCCAGUCAGUGCUCUGCCUCCACAUGGACCUAUCACAAUGAAACAACUCUGACAGGCUGGCACCUGCUUGGAGAAACCGGAGGAAGAGUUUGGUCCGUUCACAGACAGACACCUCCAUAUCUCAGCGUCCGACACUCAGAUGUUGUGAGGGAUCUUGGCUCCGCCUACUACUGGAACGCACCUGGACUAUACCUGGGAAACAAGCUUUCAGCCUAUGGAGGGAGUGUGGUCUACACGGUAUCUUAUACUACAGACCAACAAGAACAAAUGGCCAUUAGAGUCACCUCACAACCUGACAUAAUCAUAGAGGGAAGCGGGAUCAAGAUUAUUGACAAAAGGUUUGGCCAGCCAGUGUACCCGUCCUCGCCAAGCACCAAUCGCAUUGCUCUCCUUCCAGAGAACUUUCUGGUUUCAGAGAGCGCACAGCCGAUUAGCCGAAGGGAUUUCCUGUCUGUGUUGGCCAAUGUGACCCGUGUGAUGGUGCGGGCCUCUUAUAGCACAGAACCCAGCGCUGUGUACAGGUUAAAUUCCCUAUUCUCAAGCGGUAGCCCCCCCUCGGCCGGGGAGAGAAGGGAGCACACUGUAAAAAGCUGCUCUUGUCCUCCGGGGAUAUUUUGGGAAACCCCCUGUGAGGCAUGUAUUCCUGGAUUUCGGAGGGUUAACGGGAAUCUCUAUAACGGUGUAUGUGAAGCUUGUCAAUGCCAUGGACACGCUACACAAUGCCAUGACAUCACAGGACACUGCCUGGACUGCUCCCACCACACUACCGGCCCCUUCUGUGAUACCUGCCUACCCGGUUUCUAUGGCAACGCCACCCGUGGGUCACCUGCAGACUGUCAGCCCUGCGCCUGCCCGCUCAAUCUUCCUAAUAACAAUUUCAGCCCCACCUGCCACCUAGGUGAAGAAGGGGAGUUGCUAUGCGACCAGUGCCAGCCUGGAUACACAGGACCACGAUGUGACAGAUGUUCUAAUGGAUACUACGGCCAGCCCAGUGUAUCAGGGGGAUCCUGCCAGCCCUGCGAUUGCAACGGAAACCUUGACCUAUCCAUAUCUGGGAGCUGUGAUCCAAUCACAGGCCAGUGUCUGCGCUGUCGUCAAGGUUAUGGUGGCGCGUCUUGCGAAAGUUGUGCUGACGGCUACUACGGAGAUGCCAUCACAGCAAAAAACUGCCAGUCCUGCCAGUGCCAUACUAAUGGCUCUGUAUCUGAGGUCUGCAAUAAGGAGACUGGACUGUGCCAGUGCAGAAAAAAUGUAGUCGGACAACAGUGUGACGAGUGCAUACCUAACUGUUGGUGGGAUGCUGAGCGUCAGGACUGUAUUCCCUGUCGCUGCAGCCCUCACGGCUCUAUGUCUCAGCGCUGUGACAUUGAGGGCCGCUGCAUCUGUCGCCCCGGCUUUGUGGGCCGACAGUGUGACCUGCGUCGCCAAAGUUACGAGAGGCGGGAGACCCGGAGGCCAGUGGAACAUGUUCCCAUAGAAGCUGUUCAGCAGAGAUGGGGGGGGUCCUCCCGCACGGGGGGUUGUCCCAGGGGCGCGUACAGGCCUAAGACAGGGCCUCAGACUUACGGCAUUAGCACAGGUGGAGUCUGUGCCCCGUGUCACUGUAACUCGUUCGGUUCCAAGUCGUUUGACUGUGAUGAAAUCGGUCAGUGUCGGUGUCAGCCGGGCGUCAGCGGACCCAAAUGUGAUCGAUGCUCACAAGGAUUCUUCAACUUCCAGGAAGGAGGCUGCACACCCUGUCAGUGCAGUCAUGUGGGGAAUAACUGCGAUGCUAACACAGGACAGUGUAUCUGUCCUCCAAACACCAUCGGUGAGAGGUGCGACCUCUGUGCUCCCAACCACUGGGGCCACGAUAUCAUAACUGGAUGCAAGGCUUGUGGCUGCAGUGUGAUCGGCUCAGUGAGCCAGCAGUGUAACAUCAACACAGGUUGCUGCAUGUGUCGCGACUCCUUCAGAGGAGAGAAAUGCAAUGAAUGUCAAAUUGGAUACAGAGACUUUCCUCAGUGCACCCAGUGCAAGUGUAAUGUCGCAGGAUCGGACAGCCAGACCUGCGACCUGGAGAGAGAAGUGUGCGCCUGCGCCGAUCGAACGGGAAAGUGUAGCUGCAAGGCAAAUGUGAAAGGAGACAACUGUGAUCGCUGUAAGCCAGACACGUUUGGCUUGUCGGUACGAAACCCACUUGGCUGCAGCAACUGUUACUGUUACGGACUGACACGCUCUUGCACAGAGGCACAAGGGCUCAUCAGGAUGUGGUUAACACUGAAGCCCGAGCAGACGGUGCUCCCCCUGGUGGAUAAAUCCAACACUGUGGAGACGAGGAGAGGAGUGAGCUUCCAGCACCCUGAGAUCCUCGCUCAUACAGAGCUGGUCACCUCAACUCUCUCUGAACCCUACUACUGGAAACUGCCGGAUCAGUUCAGAGGCUCUAUGAUCACAGCAUAUGGUGGGCAGUUGAAAUAUGCAGUGUACUACGAGGCCAGAGAUGAAACUGGUCCUUCCUCCUAUGAGCCUCAGGUCAUUAUUAAGGGGGGUCCUAACCGCAACAUCCUGAUGACACGCCACAUACCUGGACUCCAGAUUGGUCAGCUGACCCGCCACGAGAUCGACAUGACAGAGGUAAAGCAAGGAGGGAAUAUUUCAGAAAUCAGUCUAACCGUGGCCGAGGAAGGCAGACCAACCAAAGAGAGCGAGAAAGCACAUCAGAUAGAGAAGUGUGAUUGUCCAAUCGGAUACUCUGGACUUUCCUGUGAGGAGUGUGCUGCAGGUUUCUACCGUCUUAGCGCCAGUUCCCUGGCAUCUGCUCCAGCGUCAGGAGUGCCCACCGCUACCGGCAUGGGCAGUUGUGUUCAGUGCCAAUGCAGUGGGCACUCUUCCACCUGUGACCCUGACACAUCCAUAUGCCAGAACUGUCAAGACAACACUGAGGGUGAUAGGUGUGAACGUUGCGCUCCGGGAUUCUACGGUGUGGUCCGAGGUUUCCAUGACGACUGCAAACCUUGCGCCUGUCCCCUCACCAACCCAGAGAACAAUUUCAGUCCAACCUGUGUAACUGAAGGAUUUGAUGACUACCGGUGUACUGCCUGUCCUGAGGGAUAUGAGGGCCAAUACUGUGAGAGGUGUGCUACUGGUUACCAUGGUGACCCUCGGAUGCCAGGGGGCCGCUGCGAGGAAUGUAAGUGUUCCUUGUGGGGGGCGCUGCCUGGACCAUGUGACCCUGUCACGGGCCAAUGCCGUUGCAGGGUCGGGGCAUCGGGAAAGUCGUGUGACCAGUGCAUGGACAGGCAUGUGUGUGGACCAGCUGGGAUUAUCUCCUGUGAUGAUGAGUGCUCGGGUCUGUUGAUCAGUGAUAUGGACCGCCUGUAUCGCAUCAUCACUGAAGUCACCCUGACCACACCCCUCCCACCACCUUAUAGGGUGUUGUACCGCUUUGAGAACAUGACAGAGGAACUCAAGCACAUGCUGUCCCCUCAGAGAGCUCCGGAGAGAUUACUGCAACUGGCCGACUCCAACCUGGGAUCACUGGUUGUUGAGAUGGACCAACUACACAGCAGGGCCACUAAGGUGUCUGCUGACGGAGAGCAGGUUGAGGAUGAUGCUGACAGGAUUCAUAAACGAGCUGAGGACCUGGAGCAGUUCAUCAGAGAUACACUGCUGGGAGCUCAAGACCUCCAGUUAAAGGCUGCCGACUUGAACCAGACUCUCUCACGGAAAGAUGGAACUCCAGACAGAAGCCUGAAGGACAUGAAGGAUGAGAUCCAGGCCAUGCUAGCCGAGAUGAGAAAACGACAGCUGGGAGGGAAGAAGAGUAUCGCCGAGGAAGAGAUGGACCUAGCAGAGGAGUUGUAUCAAAAAGUGAAAAGAUUAUUUGGUGACCCCCAUCAGGCCACGGAAGACCUGAAAGCAGAGAUAAAAGAAAAGCUCUCAGACCAUGAGGGGAAGCUCCAGGAGGCCCAGGAUCUACUGCACUCUGCCCAAGAAAAGACCAGGCAGGCUGGUUCACUGGCUGACCAAAACCAAGCUAACCUUACAGCCCUGGAGAGGAAGCGCUCUGCAGUGAACGGGGUGAAAAAAGAAGCACAGGAGGUCCUUGGAGAAGGAGAACGUCUACUGGAUGAAGCAAACCAGCUUUCUGACAACAUCAACAAGGAGAUAGAGGACUUGGAGGAGAUGGAUAGAGAGCUGGGUCCUCUUCAUAACCAGCUGGAUGAUAAAGUCAGUCACCUUACCAAUGGUUUAAGUGACGGCCGCCUGGCUAAUCUCGUGCACGAUGCAGAGGAACACGCAAAGCAGCUGAACGAAUCUGCUGCCAUUUUGGAUGGUAUUUUGGCUGAAGCUAGAAAUCUCUCCUUCAACGCAACAGCUGCCUUCAAGGCCUAUAGCAACAUUAAAGCAAAUGUCGAUGCAGCAGAGAAAGAGGCGAAGGCAGCCAAACAGAGGGCAAGUGAGGCACUGGCACUGGCUUUAGAUCCAGAGGUCCCAGUAAAGGAAGCAGCUCAAGGUGCCCUUCAGAAGAGCAACAGAUUGCUGAACCAAGCUAAACAACUUCAAAAUGAUGUCAAAGAGAAUGCAGAUGGUGUGGCCGGGCUGAAGGGCAGAGUUAAAGCAGCGAGAGACAAAACCAAAGACCUGCUGAAGGCUGUCAACGGAACCAUGGCAACGCUCAACGCUAUCCCCAAUGACACUGCUGCUAAGCUAGCAGCCACAAAGACUGUAGCAGCAGAUGCUAACGCCACGGCCAUAGACGUCCUAGAGCGUCUUGGGGAUUUGAACCUGCGAAUCAAUGGCCUACAGAGGAACUACAGCGAUCUGGAGGACACUGUUAAUGCAGCCAAUCAGAUGAUCCAGGAUCCAGAGAAAAACACCAUCAUCCACGCUGCAGGAGCUAAAGUUAAGGAUUUAGAGGAUGAAGCUGACAGGCUGUUGGAGAAGCUGCAGCCAAUCAAAAAGCUGCAGGACAAUUUGAGGCGAAACAUCUCACAAAUCAAGGAACUGAUCAAUCAAGCCAGGAAACAAGCUAACUCUAUCAAAGUAUCAGUGUCAUCGGGUGGUGACUGUCUUCGUAGUUAUCGACCCGAUAUCAGGAAAGGGAGGUACAACACCAUCAUCCUUCACGUUAAAACGACCACACCUGAUAACCUGCUCUUCUACCUGGGGUCAGCGAAAUAUGUUGAUUUCCUUGCCUUAGAGAUGCGUAAGGGGAAGGUGAAUUUCCUCUGGGACGUGGGUUCAGGUGUGGGAAGGGUCGAAUAUCCUCAUCAUACUAUCCAUGAUGGGAACUGGCACAGAAUAGAGGCAUCUCGUAAUGGGUUGAAUGGCACCAUAUCAGUAUAUCCUCUGGAAGGCUCUAUGGCUGGUAUGAUGCCGACCCCAGCCAGUGCCAACUCGCCCACAGACUACACCAUCUUGGACGUCGACCAGAACGCCUACCUGUUUGUGGGAGGAAUACUGGGCACUGUCAAGAAAGCAGAUGCAGUAAGAACAACAACAUUCACAGGCUGCAUGGGGGAGACUUUUUUGGACGGUAAACCUAUUGGACUGUGGAACUACAGAGAGAGACAGGGAGAUUGUAAAGGAUGUGUUGUCAGCCCCCAGCGUUCAGAUGGAGAGGGGACAGUUCAACUGGAUGGUGAGGGCUACGCCGCAGUGGGACGACCCACCAGGUGGAACCCCAAUGUUUCCACCGUGACCUUCAAGUUCCGCACAUUUUCCUCUGAAUCCCUACUCAUGUAUUUGGCUACUGAGGAUAUGAAGGACUUUAUGUCCCUGGAACUGUCGGAAGGAAAGGUGAAGGUGAACUUUGACCUCGGAUCAGGGGUUGGCAGUGCCAUAUCAGCUAACCGCCACAAUGAUGGACAAUGGAAAUCUAUCACCAUGUCACGGAACAAGAAACAAGCCACGGUGAAUAUAGUGGACAUCGACAGCGGUGCCGAGGAGAAGAUAGUGGCCACGUCUCAGGGUUCAGCUGCUGGUCUGAACCUCAAGGAAAACCAGAAGAUCUAUUUUGGAGGGCUGCCUACCAUUGGAAACUAUAGCAUGACAGCCAGGUCAGAGGUCACUCUGAAGCGGUAUGCUGGCUGUCUUCGGGAGAUUGAAGUCUCCAGGACUCCAUUUAAUCUCCUCAGCAGUUCAGAUUACACUGGGGUCACUAAAGGAUGUAAUGUAGAGAACCUGUACACAGUCAGUUUUUCUAAACCGGGAUACAUGGAGCUCAGUGGCCUGUCGCUGGCGGUCGGCACAGAGAUCAGUCUGUCCUUCAGCACUCUGGCAGACACUGGGACCAUUUUGCUGGCCGUAGGUGGAGCUUCACCAAUCAGCCAACAGGCCCGGAACACAAACAUCCUCAACUCCAAAAGGAAACGCAGACAGUCUGGAGAGCCCUACGUCUCAGUCAUGCUGAACAAAGGCUCUCUGGAGGUCUUGGUGUUUACCGGCAGCCACAGUCCCCGUCGUGUCAUCAGACGACCUGAGCAAGGCUUACUGAAUGAUGGGAGAGAGCACUCGCUGCGCAUUGAGAGGCUACCUGGCAGAUCCUUUGCAGUUCAGGUGGACGAGGAGGCAAAGAGGGAGGCAGCGCUUCCCAACGACCAGCCAGUGAGCUUGCAACGUGUCUUUCUCGGUGGUAUUCCUGCAGACGUAGAGCAGACAUCCAACAGAGCCAACAUCCCUUUCCAGGGAUGUAUAUGGAACCUCAUAGUCAACGCUGUGUACGUAACAUCUUUUCUAUUUAUGCGGCCAGGUGUAUAUUUAUUAAAACACAGAACUGUUUCCCCCGGGCCCUUUUUCCUUUUUAGAAUGCUGAAAUUGGCCCAAAGGGCCCCCAACCCCGGCCCCCCGGGGCCCAAAACCUUUUCCUCUUCGCAAAGAAAGAGCCGGGGAAGGGAAAAAGGAUCAAAGCCGCUCCUCCCCACCAACCCACCCAAACCUUUAAAACCCCCUCUCCAGGCCUCCCGCCUGAUUGGAGAGCUGUGUGCUUGUCAUAAACACUGUCGCCAUUCUGGCUCUGUGGCUGCCACUAAUCCUCCUUCCUUCCCCCUCCCUGACGCUGACGCACCGCAGGAGACCACGCCCCCUGCCACACCUGCUGCCACACCCCCUGCUGCUGCAACCCCACCCACUGCUAAACAGGAGCCCAGCGCUGAUGUGGAUUCAUGUGCAUCAGCUGUGGCCCCGACAGCCCUGGAGAAGGCCUUUCAAUUUGGACUGACCAGGAACAGCCACAUGAGCUUUGCUUUUGAUGACACCAAAGUCAGAGAGAGGCUAAUAUUGGAGUUUGAGCUGAGGACGAAGGAGCAGUCUGGUCUGGUUCUCUACAUGGCAAGAAUCAACCAUGCUGACUUUGUUACCAUACAGAUCAAGGACGGGCAGGUCUGUCUGGGUUAUGAUCUUGGUCAUGGAAACAUAUCUGGCUGCGUCCCCUUCUCCAUUACUGAUGGGAACUGGCACAAGAUACGUGUGAGUCGGAUCAAGCAAAGAGGUCUACUUACGGUUGAUGGGCGAUACAGUAAACAGAUGAUCAGCCCAAAGAAGGCUGACCUGUUAGAUGUGGUGGGAAUGCUGUAUGUGGGUGGAUUACCACAAAACUACACCAGCAAGAGGAUUGGGCCGAUUCUCUACAGUAUAAAUGGAUGUGUCCGUAACUUUAAGAUGGUGGGAGGUCCUGUGAGCACCAAGGCAGCUGCUACAGGUCGCCCUGAGGCCUCCAUUGAGGACUUUAAAUUGAACAUGGACACACCCACCUCCAGUCACAUGGUAGGAAGAUGCUUCGUUGCCAUAGAGACGGGCACCUAUUUUGACGGCACUGGCUUCCUGAAAGCAGUCUCGUCUUACAGAGUGGGUCUGGAUGUGUCGAUAGCAUUAGAGUUCAGGACCAGCAGAACCAGUGGAGUGCUUUUGGCCAUCAGUAACCAAGCCAACAAUGGACUGGGACUAGAAAUCGUUGAAGGCAAGCUGCUCUUCCACGUAGACAACGGAGCUGGACGGAUCACAGCGGAGCAUGUGCCUGAGGGCGAGGGCUUCUGCGACGGUCAGUGGCACUCCGUCAUUGCCAAGAAGCUUCGGCACAGGUUGGAACUGGUGGUCGAUGAGAAGGAGAGUAAAGCAGAGAGUCCCAACCCGCGCUCCAACACGUGCGAUACCAACGACCCCAUCUAUGUCGGAGGAUAUCCAGCUGGAGUUCGACAGGCAGCUCUCUCUACCAGCACUUCCUUCAAAGGUUGUUUAAAGAACCUGAAGAUCACCAAGGCUUCCAAGACUAUGGAUGUGCAGUUCAACAAGGCUCUAGAGAUUAAAGGAGUCCAGCCUCUCUCCUGUCCUGCUGUAACUGCGUAACCGUUAGCAUAGAGCUUCACCUUUGUUGUUUCCCUAUUACAGUAGUACGUCCAGAACCUGCACUGGGCACAAUGUUUAUAUAUCAUUGUGUUGGCCAGGUGCUGAGUCCAAAAAGUAGGUCAUAUCUUUCAAGCCCAAGUUGAAUUUUUAUUAAGUACAAAGGCAUCAAGUUUCUCUGCUAAACAGCUUCAUCCUGCAUUAGAAAAAGAGCUUCUAGAACAGUGGCCAAGCGUCAGGGAGAAGAAACACUGAAUGUUUCAAAUUCAAGAAAAAACUACUGAAAGCUCCUAAAAACAACAGGAAAUGAUCUGGUCAUAAUUCUGCCAUUUUACUUCCUGCAGUUUACCAAUACUGUUACAGUUAUGCUUUGAAUAUGAAAAUCCAUAAAAUAUUACUUAGACAGGGGUUGCUUGAGAAAAAAAGUUUGGAAACCGCAACUAUAUGGUUAGUUUGAUUGAGUCAGGCUUAAAUAUGACACACACCUGUGUUACCUUGAUGCCUUUGUACCUGAUAAAGAGCAAAAUUCCUUGUAUUUGUUUAAACUAACUUGGUCGUUUAAGUUGUUUCUGCAUUGUUUUAAUUUCUAAAUUACAAAUGUCUAAACAGCAUGAAAACACCUAUGUUUUGCUCUUAUUUGAGGCUUACAACAUGCAAAGUUAAAAUUUUCAGUAUGAGACCCUGACUUAAUGUACGUGUAAGGAUCUGGUCAAUAAAUCUUAUCAUGGCUACAAAUUGAGGUCUCAGUGUUUUAAAAUGUGUUUUAUAGUUUUUAUAUGAAGAAAGAUUUUAGUUUUAAUAUCUGUGCUAUGGUUACAUAUGCUCAGGGUAUUCAAGCUAAUAUUUUGGUGAUGAUGCUGUGAUUAUUUAGACAUUUAAUCAGAUUUGGUUUCCAGAGAAGUCCCUCUUGAAAAGGUAGAACAUGGCAUGUUGAGUACUUUAGUUGCAAUGUUUACCUUCUCACCCUCAAGACAACAGAUGAAGUUGGACUUCUGUUCAGCCCUCUUUAAAGCAACAGAUACAGCAACCCGUGAUCUUCAGAGAUCUUAAAAUUACAACAAGAAAACCGCUGAUCCAAUGGUUCUAAAGCCAGAUGCCUGUAUUUGUGUGUUAUGUUUUGCAUGGUGUGGCUGAAAAAAUGCUUCAGCAUCUUUCUGAAAUAUAUUCCUAAUGCCAU